UUCUUCGCUCCCGGCUUUCCUUCUUCCCAAGUCGCAACGGGUCCGAUCCCGCUUCCAACUUGUUUCGCGCCUUAUCGCGAGGCUACCAAGCUAUAUAUGCCAAGCCUUCGUGCUCUGCAAAUAGCAUCCAGCACGCAGCGACCAGCGACAACUCUCAUCCCAGAGGCAAGCAAGAAGCACCAAGGCAGCAAGAGCAGAGGAGACAGGCAUACCACAGACAGAGACCAUGGACAUGGAGAUGGCGGCAUCUUCCUCGGCGCCGGGAGCGUCCUACUUCAGCUUCAACUUCUCCGUGGCGCAGGCCGUCGUGACCAUCUCCAUCAACGUCGUCGUCGUCUGGCUCUCCGCCCUCGUCAAGUCUUCCUCCUCCUCCUCUUCGUCCUCCGCCAGCAGCCGCUCGCCCGCCCCCGCGCCGGAGCCGGAGCCAGCGCAGCCUGCCGCGGCAAGUGGCGCCUCGGAGGUCGACCUGGACGUGGUUCUCGGGGUGAUGGGCGCGGCCGGCGCCGCCUCGGUCGGGUUCGAGGAGGCGGCGGCGCUGUUCGAGGAGGAGGAGGCGACCGUGGAGGAGGCAGCGGCGGCGUUCCGCGUCUUCGACUGCAACGGCGACGGCUUCGUCGACGCCGGAGAGCUCGGGAGCGUGCUCAGGUCGCUCGGGUUCACCGCCGGCGUCGCGGCCGCGGAAUGCCAGCGCAUGAUCGAUGCCUAUGACGAGAACAAGGACGGCCGGAUGGACUUCCAGGAGUUCCUCAGCUUCAUGGAGAGGAGCAGCUCGUGAAGUGGCCGCCGGCGUCCGAUGACCGAUGAGAUGAUUUGCUCCAAUUCAUUUGUUCGUUCGUUCUGCUUACUUGUCCCUUUUUCCCGGCCCGAAUGGAGCCGAAUGGUGCACCGUGCGCACAAUCUCGUGUGUAUUCUAUCCGAUUCUUUAUACAAUAUAUAUGCUUUUUAGCACUACAAUAUGGGAUUAUGUAUAUUAGAUAUGGAGCAAAUAUGUAGUAGAACCUUUUCACCAAA